CCAAAAUGCUUUUCCUGCUACACUUUGUACCCCCAUGCCAUGUUAUUAAUCCUUAGAAGAUAGAGCCACCACCACACCAACUUUCUAUGCCAAAAUUUCAUCAAAAUUACAUAAAUACCACCCAUGUCCAAACACAACUCAAAACAAAAAGGAAAAAACAAAGAAAACUAAAAAAAAUUUAAAAGCAAGCAAACCCCUUUGCUUUGGGGACUGCAAGUGUGCAAGCUUGCUCGCAACUCUCAAAGCAAAGCUGUAUUCUGUAUAGUGCAAAAAGAAAUUCUGUUUAUUACUCUCUCACUUUCCCCCAAAACCCACAUGCUUUCCCAUUCUUAUCAUCACAUCCACCACCACCACCACCACGACCCUCACCACCAUCUCCAGCAGCAGACCCACUUCUCUACUCUUCAAGUUCAAGAUUUGCAAUAAUCUUUGGUUUUUAGAUAUUCAAGAAAUUAAGUAGCCACCUGCGAAGCAAAAAUGAUCACGUUAACAGAUUUUUACCAUGUAAUGACGGCAAUGGUGCCGCUAUACGUGGCUAUGAUUUUGGCUUAUGGGUCUGUAAAAUGGUGGAAAAUCUUUACUCCUGAUCAAUGUUCAGGAAUCAAUCGUUUUGUUGCUCUUUUUGCAGUCCCUCUUCUUUCUUUUCACUUUAUAUCUUCUAAUGACCCAUAUUCUAUGAACUUUCGUUUCAUAGCUGCUGAUACUCUACAAAAGAUCAUAGUUCUUGUAGUAUUAGCGCUUUGGACUAAGUUAAGCAAAAGGGGUUGUUUAGAAUGGACUAUUACACUAUUUUCACUUUCUACUCUUCCAAAUACUCUUGUUAUGGGUAUUCCUUUGCUUAAAGGAAUGUAUGGUGAAUUUUCUGGUAGUUUGAUGGUGCAAAUUGUUGUUCUUCAAUGUAUUAUUUGGUAUACUUUAAUGCUUUUCAUGUUUGAAUAUAGAGGUGCUAAAAUGCUUAUUUCUGAGCAGUUUCCAGACACUGCUGGUUCUAUUGUCUCCAUCCAUGUUGAUUCUGAUAUCAUGUCUCUUGAUGGAAGACAACCUUUAGAAACUGAAGCAGAAAUCAAAGAAGAUGGUAAAUUACAUGUUACUGUUAGAAAAUCUAAUGCCUCAAGAUCAGAUAUUUUCUCUAGAAGGUCUCAAGGCUUAUCUUCUACUACACCAAGACCAUCAAAUCUAACCAAUGCGGAGAUUUACUCUUUACAAUCAUCCAGAAACCCAACACCAAGAGGCUCUAGUUUUAAUCACACUGAUUUUUACUCAAUGAUGGCAGCUGGUAGAAACUCUAAUUUUGGUGCUUCAGAUGUUUACGGUCUGUCUGCUUCACGGGGACCAACACCCAGGCCAUCAAAUUAUGAAGAAGAUGGCGGUGGAUUGGGUAACAAGCCAAGGUUCCAUUACCACGCCGCCGCAGGGGCUGGGAUUGCAACCCAUUAUCCAGCUCCGAAUCCGGGCAUGUUUUCACCAACUGGGUCUAAAGGUGUUACUGCUAAUAAUGUUGGUGUAAAGAAACCCAAUGGUCAAGCUCAACAUAAAAGUGAAGAUGGCGGUGGUAGAGAUCUCCAUAUGUUUGUUUGGAGUUCUAGUGCUUCUCCUGUCUCGGAUGUGUUUGGUGGCCAUGAUUAUGGUUCCCAUGACCAGAAAGAUGUUAGAUUGGCUGUUUCUCCAGGAAAAGAAGGACAAAGAGAGAAUCAUCAUCAUCAAGAGGAGUACAUGGAAAGAGAAGAUUUCAGCUUUGGCAAUAGAGGAGUAGAAAGAGAAAUGAAUAAUCAUCAUCAAGGAGAGAAAGUUAUUGAUGAUGGAAAACCCAAAACUAUGCCUCCAACAAGUGUCAUGACAAGGCUUAUACUCAUAAUGGUUUGGAGAAAACUCAUUAGAAACCCAAACACUUACUCAAGCCUAAUUGGUCUCACUUGGUCUCUAGUUUCAUUUAGGUGGCAUGUAGAAAUGCCUGCCAUUGUAGCAAAGUCCAUUUCUAUUCUGUCAGAUGCAGGGCUUGGCAUGGCCAUGUUCAGUCUUGGUCUGUUCAUGGCUUUGCAACCGAGGAUCAUAGCAUGUGGAAAUUCCAUUGCAGCUUUUGCUAUGGCUGUGAGAUUCCUUACAGGUCCAGCUGUAAUGGCAGCUGCUUCUAUUGCUGUUGGCCUUAGAGGAACGCUCUUACACGUUGCAAUUGUCCAGGCAGCUUUACCACAAGGAAUUGUCCCCUUUGUCUUUGCCAAGGAAUAUAACGUGCACCCUGAUAUUCUUAGCACAGGUGUUAUAUUUGGGAUGCUAAUUGCAUUGCCCAUAACUCUUGUGUACUACAUUCUGUUGGGGUUGUGAAGUGGGUAAAGUGAUCACGACAUCUUGGAAUCCAUAGAAGCCAAUCAAGGAUGGAGAGAAGAAACCCAUGAAGAAUCUUUUUCUUGCAAAUUGUAUUUUUUUUUUCUUAGUAAAAGUUGUAAAAUCAAUGUUUCUAGUCAAAUUAUUAAGUCAAAAAAGAAAAAAAAAAAAGAUUUCUAGUUCUUAGUUUAUCUUGAAUCCCUAUUCCAAGAAUUUGUGCUAGUAAUGCAAUAGCAAAAGAAGGUAGUUCUUAGCUUUUUUGAAAGGCUAAAUUUAUUUAGGAAUUUGGCAAUUGGUAUGGAAAUGUUCUUUUGCUUCCAAUA